UCAUUUCACCCAAAGGGCUCAGAAAUAUUUUGUGGAGCCAUAUGGCUUCCCGCCGGCGCCAAAGUGGUUGGCCUUUUUCUUGUCUUGCCGGUAGCUCGACAAGCCUGACUGCGAAAAUCUGCUUCCGCAGUUGGCGCCGUUGGGACGAUAGUUCCUUAUCUUUGUAAACUCCCGGCUUAGACUGGCGGAUGGGUCUCCUUCUCCUUCUCCGACUUUUCGUUUAUCCGCGGUGGAGCUGUGCAGAUAUGCGCACGCUCCUGGCAACCCAAAUCCUCCGUCUCUAGAUCUGUACUCACUAAUCACAAAUCUAUGUAGAUCUGUGCCUAUUCAUAACAACUGCAACGAAUCAGUGCAGAUCUGCGCUCACUCAUGGCAGACCUACAUCUAUCGGCACCAGAUCUACAUUCAUCUCCAAAGAGCAUAUCUACGUUCACCUUCUACGGAGCAGCUAAAUACGUAUUGGUGACCGGGGCGUCCGGUUUCCUAGGGGGGAGACUGUGCCACGCACUGCUGCGACGAGGACACUCGGUCCGGGCCUUGGUACGGCCCACCAGCGACCUCUCAUCCCUACCACCGCCAACCACCGAUGGCGGCGCGGUGGAAAUCAUCUACGGUGAUGUGACGGACUACCGGUCCCUCCUCGACGCCUUCUCUGGCUGCCACGUCAUUUUCCACGCGGCCGCUAUGGUCGAGCCCUGGCUUCCAGAUCCUUCUAGAUUCUUCUCCGUGAAUGUUGAAGGAUUGAAGAAUGUUUUACAAGCAGUGAGAGAGACGACGACAGUCGAAAAGCUUAUAUACACGUCGUCGUUUUUUGCUCUUGGACCCACCGAUGGAUAUGUUGCUGAUGAGAAUCAAGUUCAUCAUGAGAGGUUUUUCUGUACGGAGUACGAGAAAUCCAAGGCCUUGGCCGAUAAAAUUGCGAUACAGGCUGCCUCGGAGGGGGUUCCUAUUGUGCCGAUUUAUCCUGGAGUUAUUUACGGGCCGGGCAAAGUCACCGCCGGAAAUGUCGUUGCUCGAAUGAUUGUUGAACGCUUUAAUGGGCGGUUACCUGGCUAUAUAGGGUCUGGAAAUGAUAGAUUUUCUUUUAGCCAUGUUGACGACGUAGUAGAGGGGCAUAUUGCAGCAAUGAACAAGGGGCGACCUGGUGAAAGAUAUCUACUGACAGGAGAGAAUGCAUCAUUCAGGCUUGUUUUUGAUAUGGCUGCUAUCAUCACUGAGACGCAAAAGCCUAUGUUUAACAUCCCCAUGUUGGUGAUCGAGGCAUAUGGUUGGGUCUCGGUUCUUUUCUCACGAAUUACGGGAAAGCUUCCUCUGAUCAGCCCCCCGACUGUGGACGUUUUAAGACAUCAGUGGGCAUAUUCCUGUGAGAAGGCUAAAGCAGAGUUGGAUUAUAACCCUAGAAGCUUGAAAGAAGGGCUAGCAGAGAUGCUUCACUGGCUGAAGAACUUGGGCUUGAUAAAAUUCUAAUGGGAACACACUAACAUUUCUUUUAUUGAGAUUGUAAUGUGUUAUACUGUCACUUUCCUCUUCCUUCUAUCCAAUCUAAUGUGCAACUGUUACCUAUGCAAAUAAUCCCUCAUCAAUUUCUCUUUCUUUGCACUCAACUCUUAGGGCUUUUUAUUU